UAGAAGUGUGAUGGUAACUGAAAAUAUCAAUACUUACUGGAAUUCAAUACCUUUAUUUUCAUUAUUUUCGAAAUUCUACAUGCCUCAUUAUGUUAACAAAACGCUUGAAGGUUGGCGAAUUUAAGCAGUUGCCAUUAGGAGCUUAGUCAUCAGUGAUUAAUAAAUUGCCUACAGCUUGUCACAGCUGCCUAGGUAAUUCCGAGGAUUUAAAUAAGUUUAAUUAUUAAAUAUAUAUAAAAAUGAGUGAAACCAUCAGUUUACCUAAAACAAUUGGUAUUUGGAUAUCUGAGAAAAAAAGUCAUAAACUUAAUUGGAAUGAAUUAGUAAAUGUUUGCCGGCGACAUGGAUAUAAUCUAAUAAAAUUAAAUUUGGAUCAACCUAUUGAGGAACAAGGAAAUUUAGACGUUUUUCUACACAAAUUGACAGAUAUUAUAGCUGCAUCAGACCAAGGUGAUUCUAAAGCUUCUGGUAUUAUUGGAAGAGUCGAGCAAUACAUAUCAAAUCAUCCAAAUGUUACUAUUAUAGAUCCAUUAAAUAAUGUGAGAAUAUUGUUAAAUAGAUAUAUAUACUACUCAAUUAUACAAGAAGAGCUCUCUCUACAAAAAAUUGGUGUUUUCACACCAGCAUUUGCUAAAUUCACAACAAACAACAUAGAACAAAAUAUUGAGAUUAUGAAGCAGAGAGGAGUCACAUUCCCAGUUAUAUGUAAACCAACUUUAGCACAUGGGUCAAAAUUAGCCCAUGAAAUGAUUUUGGUAUGCAAUCAAAGAGGGUUAAAUGUAUGUAAACCACCCUGUGUUGUGCAAAGUUUUGUCAACCAUAGUGCUGUUUUAUACAAAGUUUUUGUUGUUGGUAAUAGAUAUCACAUAUGUCAGCGACCCAGUUUAAAGAAUUUUUACCCAUCAGAUGAUAUGGAACCUAUAUACUAUACUACUGGCGAAGUAAGUAAAGCAUGCAGUCAGUCAACACUUUCUAUUCUAGAUCCAAAUGAAGCUCAAUCAGAAAAAGACAUUGACGAGGAUAAAGUAAGAAUGAUAAUCAAAGUAUUGAGAAAGAGAAUUGGCUUAUUACUCUUAGGGUUUGAUAUUGUUAUUGACAAUUGGACAGGUAAUCAUGCAUUAAUAGAUAUAAAUGUUUUUCCGAGUUAUGAUACAUUUCCGAAUUAUUUUGAAAAUUUAUUAGAUUGUAUUGAAGAGAAUGUUAAAAAUAUUGAAAAUAGGUUUAAUGGAUUGAUUAAUGUGGGUUCUAAUUCUAUUCAGUGUGGAGUGACAGGAAUGAAUAUUAAUUAAGAUGAUAUUACAUGAAGUAAUUGGCACAAAAUUUGUGCUAUUAUAAAUAAUUAUAUUGGGAUUAAAAUGCGUGUACCUAAAAUUAGGAUUUUUUAUUAUCAGCUUUGCAAUGGAGAUAGUGUACUGGAUACUUCAGUGGACACUUUUCAAAUGCAAUGUAGAUUAUAAAAACUCCUAGAUAUUAGUUUUUAAAUUGUAGUUGCUAUGAAAAUUUCUAGACUUUAUCAAUAAUAAAAGAUGCAAUGACCUGUA